AUGAGUCAUCCACACGGUACAUUAGAAGUUACAAUUGUCGAAGGUCGUCACCUCAAAGACGAAGAUAUUGUAGGUAAAAAUGAUGCUUAUGUGGAGCUUUAUCUCGACAAAGAUUACAAGCAGCGAACGACUACUGUUCAUAAUUCGAAUAAUCCAACCUGGAACGAAAAAUUUAUUUUUCAUUUACAAAAGCAUGAUGAUGAUUUACAUAUUCAUAUCUAUGAUGAUGACGUAGUUGGUCGCGAUUCAAUUGGCUCUGCAAAAAUCGAUUUGAAGAAACAUGUCUUCAACAAAGGACGUUAUGACGAAUGGGUCAAGUUACCAGCGAUGCUCGGCCUUCGUUCUAAAGGUGAAAUUCAUGUCAUCAUCGAACAUCAUCCGUAA